UGAAAUUAUGUGCUCUAGUUGCAGUUCCGCGUUGUGCAGUGUUACACAGAUUAUUAACCACGAAAGGUGCAAAAUAAGGAAAUCCACUUCCCAGAUGUCCACUCCUGGAAUGUGGAUGGCAGAUAGACAGCAAUUGUGAGCUUCCGUCCACUGAACAAUCCGAGCCACCUCCUUCAUGGCUAAGGAACUUUGAGUUCCCCCUUGGUGGUUGAUGUAAGCCACUGAGGUGAUGUUGUCAGAUUGGAACCUAAUUAAGGCCAAGCCGUCAGAGCAUUGUAAAUCGCUCUCAACUCCAAGAUGUUUAUGGGAAGAGCAGACUUCUCCCGAGUCCUUGAACGAGUCCCAGACUGCUCCCAGCCCUGCAGGCUGGCGUCCAUGGUCACAAUCACCCAGGAAGAUCUCUGGGAAACUUGUGCCCUUAGACAGAUGUUGUUGAGAAAGCAACCACAGAAGAGAGUCUCUUGUCGACUGGUCUAGAUCUAUCCUCUGAGACAGAUCGGAAUGAUCUCCGUUCCCUUGACUGAGCAUGCAUAAUUGCAGAGCUCUCAAAUGGAAUUAAGCAAAAAGAAUGAUGUCCAUGGAAGCGGCAAUCAGACCAAAUACCUCUAAACAUAGAGCCAAAGGAAUGAAUUUGGAUUUUCUGAUCUUUGACAGAAAAAAAUCAUAGAUAGUAAAAUCUAUUAUGUUCCCUAAGAAAACCACCCUUAUAGCUGGAACAAGGGAACUCUUUUCCAUGUGUCUAGAAAGGUGAAUCUCAGGAACUUUAAAUGAUCCCUCAGAAUGGGAACAUGAAGAGAUGCAUCCUUCAGGUCUCUGGUCGACCUGAACUGACACUCUAGCCCAACCAAGAAUGGAACCCUGAGAAACUUGUUGAGAAACUUUAGGUUUUUAGGAAACCACAAACCGAUUUGAAUCCUAGACCCUAAUGCCAACAGGAACUGGAAUUAUCACUCCCAGGGAAGAAAGUCACGGAUACAAUACAAGAAUGCCUCUCUUCUUAUCUGGACAGCAGAUAAUCUUAAGAGGUGGGUUCUAAAUUCUAUAUAGAACCCUGAGAUACUAUGUCUACAUCCCAGGGAUUUGGGACAUCUCAUAUCCAAACUUAAUAAAACAAAGAAAUCUGCCCCCCACUAGAUACGAUCCCGGAUUGGGGGCAAAUCCUUAUGCUUAUCUAGAUUCAGCUGCAGGUUUCUUUAAGAACUUCCCCUUAAUCCAAGACUGAUUGGUUCUCCAAGAAGACUUGAACCAUUCCAGCUUGGAAAAGGAAGAGAAAAACUUUCCAGGCCAAUUCUUCUUGUCUUGUGGCCGAAAAGACCCUUUUCCACCCGUGAUAUCAGAAAUUAUUUUUUCCCAUGCCUUAUUUGUAAGGCUUGCAGACAUUCAAGGAAAAGUAAAUCCAUUAUUUCAAACGUAAAUAAAAAAGAGUUUAGGAUCAAUGACUGCAUUUGAUGCACAGAUAAGGAUGUUAUAUACGCUAUUCAAUGCAAAUGUGGGAUGCAGCAAUAUGUUGCUAAUAAAACCUAUUACUGAACAAUGAUUGCUGAUGCCAACCAGCUGAAGACACUAUAUGAUGCCAAUGGUUACCUGACAGCAAUACCGGUACUAAACAAGAAUGAAUUAGAUCUGGCUCGUAAAGAAUAUGAAAAACUCGAGGAAAAGUUUAGUAAGGAAUAUUGUCAGUUCAACCUGCACAACCUGCACAUGCAGUAUGAGUGGGUUAUGAAUCUGGCUGUCCAUCCCAAUGUGCUGAAAGCUAUCACUGCUAUACUGGGGCCUGAUGUCAUUCUGCUGGACUGUAGAUUUAUCUGUAAAUAUUCCUCAAGUGAUGUCCCACUCCAAGACAACAAAGCUCAGCAUGUUGCUUGGCAUCAGGACAUGAAAUAUUGGGGCAUUAAAGGAGGUGCUGUGGUUUCUGCCUGGAUUGCUUUUGAUGAUGUGGACAAGGAAAAUGGUGUCCUGCAAGUAAUUCCAGGGAGCAAUAAAAAAAGUGUUCUUGAGCACGGACCUGGAGCUGUUACAACAGACAUGAUGAGAGCACAGCAACAGAUACCGAGUCACCUGGUGCAGGUAGAAGAAGCUGUUGAGUGUCCGCUGAAAGCCGGAGAGAUGUCUGUGCAUGAUGGUCUGACCAUCCAUGCCAGUGAACCCAAUAUAUCCAACAGAAGACGAUGUGGAUUAGUCUUCCGUUAUAUUCCCACCUGUGCAUACCCUAUUGAGAAUACCGAAUAUCCCAGAAGUUUCCCUGCAGCAGUGCUGGUGGCCGGAAAAGAUGAAUUUCAGAAAUUUAAAAACAAUGCACCUAGCUUUUUUACCAAAACCUUUUGAUUUUCUUGGGGAAAAAAGAAAUAGAAGCAUCUAUAAAAAUAAUGAGAUGUUCUUGUGAGAUUGACAAGGACAUAAACGGGAAAAAAAUUUUAAAAAAUUUAGGGCUAGAUUAUAAGUGAAGCGCAAAAUAUUGCUUCCCGCAAAAGCGAUAUUUGCGCUUCACUUGGUAAUACCAGCGCAGUCAAAUGUGCGCUGGUAUUACAAGUUAGGUGCAAUACGAAGCGACCUCGCGUUCCCAUUGCACGGAAGCUUUGCGCUCACAAGAGCGUGCUUCCAUAGGCUCCAAUGGGAGCCGCGUUCUCAUGCCGUGAAACACGGCAUGAGAACUAGCUCAGCAAAAGGGGUAAGUCGCACAGCGAUGGGCAGCAGAUUGUAAAUAUAUAUGAAUAUAUACAUAUAUAUUAAUGUGUUAAUUUGUGUAUACACAUUAACACAUAAACAUAUAUGUAUAUAAGCAUAUACAUACUGUAUAUAUUUACAGGGAACACACAGUUCCCAUAGACCGUUAUGUAAAGGCACUCCGCACCUGUCAACUAUAACUCCUCAAAACUGCUUUUUCCAGUUUGUUUGUUUUUUAAAAAAAAGAAUAUUCUUUAUUUUUGGGGCAAUCAGAGGUUAUUUUGAAAAUUAACCAUAGGUCUGACCUCUGAGUGCUAAUAAUGACACUUGUAAUGGCUAGUAAUUUAUCACGCACCCAUAAACAGGGGGAAAUGGUCUUUAUGGACACAAGAUAAAUUAGCGCUCCACUUGUAAUCUAGCCCUCAAUUUAAACCAAUAUUAAAUUAAUAUUUUGCCUACUUGUUUUACAAAAUGUGAUGAUGAUAUUAUUAAUAAUAGUAAUAAUAAUACAUUUUUCAUUCCUUUGUGGAUGUAAAAAUUAAAAUGAUAUGUCUGAAAAUAUUUUCUGAUUAUCCAUGAAAACCAACAAUAAGGAACUGAACUGUAACCUAAUACUCUAGUUCCAUAAAGUGAAUCAGGCUAAAGAGACAUAAAUUAUUAAAACCAUAUUUGUUUAUACAUUAUUUGUCCAUUUCCUAUUUCAGAAAUCGUGUAUGUUAUUUAAAAGUGUGGGGGGAAAAAUAAGUGUAUUAUACAUUUAUGUGGCUUUUAAAAUAAAAAAAAAUGUUAAUGUCAAA